CGGUGACCCAGUGAGAGGAAGGCGGGGACGGUAGCAGGUCGUGGUCCUCUGGGUUUGGGUUGGAGGUUAGAGGCAGGGGCAGCAGCUGGGGGAGAAAUCAGCUGGAAAUUUAAAAUUGUUUGGAGUCAACACUGAUUCCAACCAUGGGUUUGUCAGCCUCUACCCCUGCUGUUCCAGUUCAGACCUCAAAUGCUUCAGAUCAUCAGACAGCAUCACCGCCUUCAGGAUGCCCAAUGCAUGAAGGGAAAAUGAAAGGCUGUCCAAUGAAUGCAGAACCCUCUGGUCCAACUUGUGAGAGCAAAGCAUACUCUGUGCCUGCCCACCAAGAUCGUGCAUAUGAGUAUGUGGAGUGUCCUGUUACAGGCGUUGCUGCUAAGAAUAAGGAGAACCUGGAUCCUUCAAAUCUGAUGCCACCACCUAAUCAAACACCAGCUCCAGAUCAGCCCUUUGCAUUGUCUACCGUCAGAGAGGAGUCAUCCAUUCCACGAGCAGAUUCAGAGAAAAAGUGGGUUUAUCCUUCCGAACAGAUGUUCUGGAAUGCAAUGUUAAGGAAAGGGUGGAGGUGGAAGGAUGAGGAUAUUAGUCAGAAAGAUAUGUAUAAUAUCAUUAAAAUUCACAAUCAGAACAAUGAACAGGCCUGGAAGGAGAUUUUGAAGUGGGAAGCUCUUCAUGCUGCGGAGUGCCCUUGUGGUCCAUCUUUGAUCCGAUUUGGAGGGAAAGCAAAACAAUAUUCACCAAGAGCAAGAAUUCGUUCCUGGAUGGGGUAUGAGCUGCCUUUUGACAGGCACGAUUGGAUCAUCAACCGCUGUGGCACAGAAGUUAGAUAUGUGAUAGAUUAUUACGAUGGUGGUGAAGUCAACAAGGACUACCAGUUCACCAUCUUGGACGUCCGUCCUGCCUUGGAUUCACUUUCAGCAGUAUGGGACAGAAUGAAAGUUGCUUGGUGGCGCUGGACAUCAUAACCAUUGUUUUGUUUGUGAUGCAAAGUAUAAACUAUUUUUUUUUCUGAGAGAUACAUUAAACUAUUUUCCCCA